AUGUCUAAUGCUGUGUCUAAUGUUAUGUCUAAUGCUGUGUCUAAUGCUGUGUCUAAAGAUGUGUCUAAUGAUGAUUCUAAUGCUGUGUCUAAUGCUGUGUCUAAUGCUGUGUCUAAUGAUGUGUCUAAUGAUGAUUCUAAUGAUGUAUCUAAUGCUGUGUCUAAUGCUGUGUCUAAUGAUGUGUCUAAUGAUGAUUCUAAUGCUAUGUCUAAUACUGUGUCUAAUGCUGUGUCUAAUGCUUUAUCUAAAACUGUAUCAAAUGCUGUGUCUAAUGAUGUGUCUAAUGAUGUGUCUAAUGAUGAUUCUAAUGCUGUGUCUAAUGCUGUGUCUAAUGAUGUGUCUAAUGCUGUGUCUAAUGAUGCGUCUAAUGAUGAUUCUAAUGUUAUGUCUAUUGCUGUGUCUAAUGCUGUGUCUAAUGUUAUGUCUAAUGCUGUGUCUAAUGCUGUGUCUAAAGAUGUGUCUAAUGAUGAUUCUAAUGCUGUGUCUAAUGCUGUGUCUAAUGAUGUGUCUAAUGAUGAUUCUAAUGCUGUAUCUAAUGCUGUGUCUAAUGCUGUGUCUAAUGAUGUGUCUAAUGAUGAUUCUAAUGCUAUGUCUAAUACUGUGUCUAAUGCUGUGUCUAAUGCUUUAUCUAAACCUGUAUCAAAUGCUGUGUCUAAUGUUAUGUCUAAUACUGUGUCUAAUGCUGUGUCUACUGAUGUGUCUAAUGCUGUGUCUAAUGAUGUGUCUAAUGCUGUGUCUAAUACUGUGUCUAAUGCUCUGUCUAAUGCUUUAUCUAAAACUGUAUCAAAUGCGCUGUCUAAUGCCAGUGGCGCAGCAUGA